GACAGCUAUGAAUGUAACGAGGCCUUGGUAGAGGGUGCUAAGCUUACUGCCACAUCCAGUUUAAGAGAACGAGGACCAGAGAAUGCUAAGCUGUAUGGUAAACAAACAAAUUAAAAGAAAUAAAAUCGUGAUGGAAAUAUUAACACAAAGAAACCAGUACACCAAUUCAAAACAGUCAAUUUAUCUGGGCACCAUGGACCAAGCAAAUGCAAGAUGGGCAUUUAAUGCUAGUAAGUGGACACCAACCUUUGAACAAAUAAUGGCUGCUUCAAGCUACAUACAACCUGAAGAGAAGCAGAGAAUCUCCAAAUAUGUCUUCCAAGAUGAUGCCAAGUCAUCUUUGAUUGGACGUCUCAUGUUGAGAAAGUUUGUUCAUACAACUACAUUAUUAGAAUACCAGAAUAUUAGCUUUGGCAGGGAUGGUCGUGGCAAGCCCUACCUCAUAGGUACAGGAGAUAUAACAGUUAACUUUAAUGUAUCACAUCAAGGAGACUAUGUGGUAUUAGGUGGUAGUGAAGGAAAAAAUAUUGGUAUUGACCUCAUGAAGAUAGAACCACCGGCUAACAAAAACAUACCAGAAUUCUUCCGUAUCAUGAGAAGGCAGUUUUCUGAUCAUGAAUGGAAAACAAUAUACUCUUACUUUAAAGAGUCAGAGCAGAUUGCAUGUUUCUACCGAAUGUGGUGUCUAAAGGAGAGCUAUGUCAAAAAUAUUGGCUUGGGAAUUACUGUGGCAUUAAAUGAAAUAAGUUUUAAUGUUAAAUCUGAAUUGAAAGUUGGAGAAAUCACUAUGGAUACAAAAUUAUAUGUCAGGAAUUGUUUAAAAGAAAAUUGGUUUUUUGAAGAGACAUUCAUUGAUGACAAACAUGCUGUUGCAGUUUCUUAUGAAGAUGACAAUGGACAGAGGAACCCUUUAACAUACAAGUUCUUGAGCUAUGAUGAUUUAGUGAAGGAAGCUAAACCUUUAGUAGCACCUGAUGCAGAGUUUGCUAAUAAUUUUGUCCAGAAAAAAGUGAAACCCCAAUAAUAAAUUAAACAUAAUUCUUUAGAGUUUAUAGAGUACUAAAUGCUGAACAUACAAGACACCAAGCUGAAUUCGCCAAAUUCUAGUCACACAGGUCAGGGUAGACUGGUCCACAACUUAUAACUGCUUCUAACAUUGCUAAGACUUAGCGAAAGAGUGUUGUGAAGUCAAACUCUCCCAAGGAUGCUCUGGUGUUGCAGAAAAGCGUGCGUAGAUAUUGUAUUUAACUGUGUGGUAUUUAAAGCAGUUAAGAGUUACACUGUGUGGAUAUAUUAGGUUGAUAUAGAUUAUAGCAAAUAAUUUUUUUCAUUGUAAAUGAUGUCCACCAAGUACGACUUUUGCAUUAUAAUAUCAGAAAGUUUAUAGUUUUAAGUAGCACUUUUUCAGUCUUACUCUACAUUCACAUUAGAGUAUUUGGUUGUGUUGCAGUAUAAGAAUGCACAUGAGAGCCUGCAAUUGUAUAUAAAGGUAUGUACAUAGUACAUACCAUCAUCGCUGCAUUACAACAAGAGUUUAAUACAAAAUGUUUAACUGCAAUUAGCAUUUUGAUGCAUUAUGAGUAUUUAGUACUCAGUUAAGCAAAAAAUUGGUUAAGAAAUAUUUUACUUUAGAAAUUGUAUUACUUUCAAUUAAUAAUUUUGCUUAUAAGAAUCUUAUUAGGGAAAUGGGUUAUUAUUAUAUGCUUAUUAGAUUUUCUAUUGAU